AUGGAUGCCGCCGCUACGAGGGAUGCUGCCGGCGCUGCCGCGAGGGAUGCCACCGCCGAAGCUGCGAGGGAUGCUGCUGCCACCGCCGCCAGGAGGGAUGCCGCCGCGAGAGAUGCUUCCUACGAGUCACCGUCCCUUUACGAGUGUUGCUGCCGCGAGCCUGUCAAAUGA